AGCAAAAGAGGAGCUGUUGUUAUCUCUAAUAGUUUAUUUCAGUGCUAUAAUUAUACACGACUCCCUGCUGCUCGAUCGCAUCAGGUCGUCGUCGUCGUCAUCGUCGUCGUUCGCCAAAGAUGCUGAUGUUCCACAGAAAGUGCGGCGACAGGAUCAGCCUCGUAAAUGGCCAGUGCACUGCUGUCAGAAAUGUAUCCGAGUUUAAUUACGGUCUGGUCUUCAGUGCCGAGCCCCUCAAAGAUGACGAAGUUUUUCAAGUCCGCAUUGAUAAAAAGAUGAUGAUCUGGAGUGGGAGCAUAGAAAUUGGAGUAACAGCAUGUGAUCCAGAUUUUACCACUUUGCCUGCCUCUGCAGCUAGUUUAACCGAAGGAUCUUGGAUUAUGAUUGGAUCCAGCAUAGUACAAGAUGGAGAGCCGAUUCUAGAGUUGUAUGGAGUUGAUUUAAGUACACUCGAAGAACAAAAUACUCUUGGUGUAUGCAGAACAUCAAAGGGAGAACUUGUUUUCUAUGUUAAUGGUAUACCACAAGGAAUAGCAGCCACUGGUAUACCUUCCAGAGUCUAUGCAGUUAUAAAUUUGUACGGAAAUUGCAUUCAAGUUUCAACACUUCAACCAAGCAAUGGAACAUCUAUCAGCAAUGACGAACCAACUAGUCAUCAAAUAGAAAUAAAUAAUGACUAUAAUAUGGAUGAGACUCCUAGUUCCUCGAUAACAAAUUUAGUUGGUAACUUAAACGUCAGUUGCCAUGUUUUACCAAAAAAUCCUAGCCUAGCAGCCAUACGAGAAGGUAGAUUGAGGUUUCACGAAAGGGUGGGUUCUUUGGUCAAAUUGUCAAAUAAUGCACGCUCGGCUGAAAGAAGAAGGCCGUCGGACGAAUUCAACAACGGAGUGGUCAUGACUCACCGACCGUUGCGGGACAAUGAACUUUUUGAAAUUCGUAUAGACAGAUUAAUUUUCAAAUGGUCAGGUAGCAUUGAAGUCGGUGUUACGACACACAGUCCCACUGCACUCGAGUUCCCAGCAACAAUGACGAACAUGCGUUCUGGUACUACGAUGAUGUCGGGUUGUGGUAUAUUAAUCAAUGGAAAAGGCACGCAACGCGAGUAUGGUGAAUACAACCUAGACGAGCUUCGCGAGGGUGACAGGGUGGGCAUGAUAAGAAAAAGCAACGGCGACCUUCACUAUUACAUAAACGGUCUCGAUCAGGGUGUUGCAGCUAAAGUUCCCUCUGCAGUCUGGGGGGUCAUAGAUUUAUACGGGAUGACGGUUAAAGUUACAAUAGUAGAUCGUGACGAGAGAGAAGAGCAGAAUCUUGUUACCAGAAGAAACGCGUUGCAUCUUAAUGGAAUAAACGGUAUUUUACUUUGAUUGAAUGUUAGACGUUACAAAUUUUGUAUACCAUUGGAUGUACUUAUUACAGAAGCUGGUGAAACAGAUGAACCUAUAGAUAGAUUGAUGUUUCAUACGUGUUGCGGCACUCGAGCCGAUGUAAUAAACAACGGACGAACAGCGCAUAGACCAAAUGCGGUUGAUGACUUCAAUAACGGCGUCGUUUUAACCUCGAGACCUCUGAGAUCAAGCGAAUUGUUCGAAGUAAGACUGGAUAAAAUAGUCACGAAAUGGGCUGGAUCCAUUGAAAUUGGAGUCACCACUCAUUCUCCCACUGAACUAGAAUUUCCAUUCACCAUGACGAACGUUAGAUCAGGAACGUGGAUGAUGACGGGAAACGGGGUGAUGCACAACGGCACGACAAUGAUCGACCAGUACGGGCAAAAUCUCGAUCGGCUGCAAGUGGGCGAUCGCGUAGGCGUUAUGCGCAAAGAUAACUCGACCUUGCACUUUUUCGUGAACGGAGUGGAUCAGGGUGCAGCGGCUACCGGGGUACCCGAACGAAUUUACGGGGUCAUUGAUCUCUAUGGUCAGGCUGCUCAAGCCACUAUCGUCGACAACUCGGACUACUGCAGUCCAACUACCAUUAAUUCUAGUCUCAGCAACACCACGUUAUACUGUGAACUGCGCUUUCAUCACGUACACGGUAAGAAUGCUCGGAUAUCUAAUAACGGACUGACAGCGAUGCGGCCCCGAGCUCUCGGUGAAUUUAACGAUGCUAUCGUUGUGGCGAAUCGGGCGCUUCGCGAUGGUGAAAUAUUCGAGGUGUCGAUUGAUAAAAUGGUCGAACGUUGGUCUGGAGCGAUCGAAGCUGGUGUCACUGCUAUAAGGCCGGAUGAGCUCGAAUUUCCACCCACGAUGACGGACAUAGAUCACGACACGUGGAUGCUGUCAGGCUCAACGAUAAUGCGGGACGGCGUGACAGUUCGCAAUAAUUAUUCGUGCGAUUUGGAUAAACUCGUCAUAGGCAAUCGACUCGCCAUGAUGAGGUUCGCCGACAACAGUCUGCACUUUUAUCUCGAUGGAGUGGAUCAAGGCCCCGCUUUUACUGACAUACCAACUCACGUUUAUCCCGUCAUCGAUCUCUAUGGCCAGUGCGCUCAGGUGACUAUAUACCCUGAUCGCCGAGACAUGGUUCUCCAACCGUAUCUGCCUUCCGAGAACAGUACAGCGUCCCAACAGCCUACCUCGGUGAUUCAACCGCUCGCUCAAACCGAGGUGACCCACAAGUUCCACGAAUCCGCGGGUCUGAACAUUCAGCUGGACACGGGUCGCACUGUAGCAACGCGCUGCCGCGAGUACAGUAACGCGGUGCUGCUGAGCGACUCGGUGCUCGAGAACAACGAGCUCUUUGAGAUCAGUAUACAAGAAGUGGCGCGCGAAUGGAGUGGCUCGCUGAGGAUCGGUUUGGUUAGCAACGAGACCGGCAGCUGGCUCACCUCCAUGAACUUUGUCCAGGUGAUGACGUCCAUACCCGCGGACGCGUGGUACCUUGCUGGCAAUCAAGUGCGCCACAAGGGAUACUGUCUCAGUCUUAAUUACUGUCCGAGCUUGGAUUGGCUACGCGUGGGCGACAAAAUCGGUAUGAAGCGCACGAGCGAGGGAAACCUCAAGUUUUACGUGAACCGCGAAGACAUGGGUGUUGCCGCGUCAAACGUGCCUGAGCUGUGUUAUGCUGUGGUCGAGCUGUUUGGCAGUACCGUGGCGGUGUGCAUAACGAGCACGAAGCAGCAGAAUGCCACGAUAUCGCUCAAUGCCAGUCUCAGGCUGCAGGAUUCCCUGGAGCUACUACUCGAUCCCAUGCCACCGGGUAUCCGGAGCGAAGUUGGCAUGGACACUUCGGGCGAUGCUUACGGCGAAGUUAAAUUAUCAAACGAUGUAUUGACGACGCCAACACAGGGGAUCAGCUCGAUUGGUGAGAUGGACUGGCCUUACGAGUUUCACGAAAAUCACGGUAGAAACGUGCAGCUGGAGAAGAAAACUAUCGCCAAAAGGGUCGCGAGUUACAACCAGGGCGUAGUGAUGUCCAGUAAGCCUUUGAUAAAGAACAAAUUGUUCCAAGUGAAGGUCGAAAAAAUCAACGAUCGAUGGGUAUCGGGAAUCUUAUGCGGUGUAACGUGCAUUUCGCCCGAUAAAGUCAUAUUUCCGGUGACCGCCCUCGGAUUGAAAAAACAUUCAUGGAUCAUAUGUAGCGAUUGGAUAUCGCACAACGGAACAAAAGUGCGGUCCUCUUAUGGAGCGAACAUGGAGAAUUUGCACACUGGCUCGACUAUUGGUCUACUCUUGGACGAGGACUCGCGACUCCACUUGUACAUAGAUGGCCUCGACCAAGGCGUCGCGGCAUCGGAUUUGCCCUCCUACGUUUACGCUGUCAUUGACUUGUAUGGACAGUGUGAAAGGGUCUCGAUAUUGGGACCAGUUGUUGAAGCUUCAAAUAAUUUCAAUGGCAACGAUCUGGCCAUUGGCGAGACGAAUAACCUGAUGGAAAGACUAACCAUUGAGACAGAUGAUGUGGAGAAUUCGAGAGAAAAGGCGGAUCUUGAAUGCCACGAGAAAGAGAACGGUACUGCAACGUUACUGGACGAACCACCGGAUCGUAGUGUAGCCAACGCUAGAGAACAAAGUGAGGAUAGUUGCAGCGAAGAACUGAAAAAUCCCCAAACACAUACAAUACCUCCGAGUAGUCUACAGUCCGACACGAAUUACUCGGGAAGCGGCUCGGAUCAAGUUUCUACCGCUGAUACGGGCACUGCUAGCAUCCCAGAUAACAAUCCAGAUGGUGAUAAAGAAAUACCUUCAACUGAUUCCGUUCCUGCUCCAAGUGCUCCUAGCGACACAAACAUUGCCACGGAAGAUAGUAACAGUGAAAAUCGCGAGUCUUGCUCCAACGUUGAGCUGAAUAACGUGACCAAUAUGAACAUUAGGGAAGGCUCCGCCAUAAAUACCGCAAACAUGACCAGUCUGAGCGCUGCUAUCAAUGGAAGCAAUGCAAAUAACGCGAUUAAUGAAAGCAUAGCUUCGAAUAGCUCGCUAAACAAUAAUAACGUAACGACAAAUGGCAACGUGCGAGCUUGGCAUUCGAAUUACUGCGCACCCACUACGCCACAGGAUCUAGUACUGAAUCUUCAUCGACAUUCCUUGAGUCUUCAGAUGCCAAACAAUAGUUUUCCAAACAAUAUUUUAAGUAGCGUGCAGCCAUUCUCUUUGCUCACCUCAAUGCCGUCCACACCCCUCACAACAAGUAAUCUCAUAAGCGCGACGCCAUCCAAAAAAUGCGAGUACCUUAAAGCUUGUGUACGCCUGAAAAACUCGUUGGUACUGCCUGACGAAUUUUUCUCGCUCGAAGAGGUGCUGUGCUACUGCAGCUUCUGUUUUAAAGCUAACGCGGAUUCGAUGAUAUGUAAAAAAGGAGAGCCCCUAGCCGAGUUUGCUGCGCCUGUGGGUUGGGUCAGGUUUCCGUUGAAGCACACCAUCAAUGCUAAUCAGAUACCUCAAAGUACGACAGACAAGUGGCACGUAGCCUUUUAUGGGACGAGGAUCGACACUGUGAGAUCAAUUCUUGAUAGAGGUGAGCUGCUGACAAAAGAACAGCUCGAUACCGAUUCAUUAACAGGCUAUAUUAUUGAUAAUCAAAAUCCUCAGGUGGUAUUCUCACCAAAUAUUAAAUCGGCAAAUUCUGAAGAAUUUAACAAGCAAUAUUCGUACAUCGAUACGGAAUUAAAUAAAAAAGUCAAUGCGUCGACGGCCUUUCAGCUCCUCGUCAAACCCGGCUCGUAUACGACGUCAUGUAAAAAGGAUGGUUCGGAUUCGCAGUUGGAGUACGUAGAGUGGGCUACCAAAGAAACUGGGGCUACGGUUAUUAUAGCCCUCCUCAUUUACCUAGAUAAAUUUUAAGGCGCGAAUUGCACUUAAUUAGUCAACGAUAACCCAAUAGAGAAGUUCACCUCCGUGUUUUCAGGUAGUUAUCUUUCAUGUUUUUUUUUUUUUUUUUUUUUUUAC